UGCAUCAAAACAUCUGUCAAAAUUCACAAUUUGUUUACACCGGAGGAAUAAAUUAAAAAGUAACAAAUAAUACUUUAAAUUUAAUAAAAUCGACACAAAAAACAUAAUUUUUAAAUGAUAAAAAUUAAAUAAAUUAAUAAUUAUAUAAAUUAAUUAAACUAGCAUUAAAUUUUAAGUGAAAAACUACAACUUGAAGCUAUGUAUGUCAUCAUACUCCGCUAACAUGAGUUAUUGAUUAAAGUUUGGUCAUCUUUUCUGGUACAGCGAUAUAUUAACAACAAUAAGCCCUCAUCAUGAGACGUAUGAAUAACUUAUUAACUUUAUUUACGGCCAUGGUGGCCUUUUUCUUUGGCUUUUUUAUUACCAAACUUUUGACUACCGUAGACAAAUGUCCCACUCAAAAAAGUGGAGUUCAUAAGUUGGAACCGCAUCCAGAACUGUUUUUAAUGGUGCUUGUUUUAAGUGCACCCCGCUAUGAGGAGAAACGUAAUGCUAUACGUGAGACUUGGCUAAAAUUAGGACGACCAUUACAGUUGCCUUAUUAUCCCGAAGAAUUUGUUUAUUUGCCCUAUUAUGGGGCAAGAGGACAUUUAGAAGUAGAAGGUCCAGCAGAGCAGGCCAAUCGUUUGCGUAUUUUUAUAGAUUGGUUAGAAGAUCAAAAUCAUAGAAAAGCUGUUAAUGCUGUAAGAAAUAUAAAGGUUAAACAUUUCUUUGCCAUAGGCACUCAAGGUUUGGAUGCCGCCCUUAGAUCGCAAUUGGAAAAGGAGCAGAAAAAACAUUUAGAUUUAUUAUUACUACCACGUUUAACGGAUACCUAUGCUAAUUUAACCGAAAAACUUCUACAUUCCUUGGAUGCUUUAACCCAUCAUUAUUAUUUUAGUUAUUUGCUUAAAGUGGAUGAUGACACUUAUGUGAAAUUAGAUUUGCUAUUAAAUGAAUUGGUAUCCUAUGAUCGCAAGUUAAUACGCAAGAGUCACGAAUAUAAAGGACACCCUUUACCGAAUCUAUAUUGGGGUUACUUUAAUGGUAGAGCUAAUAUCAAGACCAAAGGACAAUGGAGUGAACCCAACUAUUAUCUCUCCUAUCGUUAUAAUACUUAUGCUUUGGGUGGCGGUUAUAUAAUUUCACGUAAACUUUGUGAAUAUGUGGCCAAUAACUCGCACACCCUCUCAACAUAUGUGAGUGAAGAUGUUUCAAUGGGCACUUGGUUGGCACCCUUUAGAAAUGUUUAUCGUCGUCAUGAUCCUCGCUUUGAUACCGCCUAUAUGGCUAGAAAAUGUAAAAAGUACCAUUUGGUAUUGCACAAACGUAAUGAGACUUUAAUGCGAGAUUUAUACAAUAAUAAACUUUGCUCUUUUGAAGUGGUCAAUGAACAACAGUUGCAACGUCCACCAGAGUAUUAUUACGACUGGCGCAAAACAGCCGAUAAGUGUUGCGAUAAUUUAGUCGUAUAAAUCUUUUAUUAAUGUGCCAGAUUAGUUUAUGUUGAUAAUCUACUAAGCAAAAGUUAGUAGCAAUAUUAAAUCUUAAAAUGCCUUAAAAUUUAGUCAAAAAAUAUAUGAUAUUAAAACCAAAGCUCAAAUAAAUUAAUAAAUAAACUAGUUAGUCAAAUA